AUCUAAACACUACGUAGCAAGAUUUUCACGCUUAAUGGAUUCUUUCCUCUCCACUGAAAAAUCUCUCCCACCGCCCGGAAUCCCCAACCCCGCCGGUUCUUCCGCCACCGUUACCGCCACAAUCCAAACCCCAAUACUCACCCCCAAGCUCGAACCUUUCGACGAAUGGCUCGCCACCCAAAUCUCACAAGAACCCCACCAAUCCAAGCUCUCAAAUGGGUCUCUCAACCUCAACAUCUUCAGUGAAGAAACCCUAGGUGGGUCCGCAGGGGAUAACAGCAACAACAAUGGCAACGGAAGCGGCAACUUGUACUCUGAGUUUGACCGAGUCUCGAAGCAAUUCCUGAACGACGUCAUUUCGGACCCGGAUUCGAAGGCAAUCGUGCCGGUAUCGGUGCCGGAGAAUAACAUUUCUCCGCCGCCGCCGGCGCGGCGGCGGUGGAAGGAGCUGGUGAGGAUGGUGGAUUUCGGGAUGAAGGAGAUGCGAAAUUUUCGGUCUGAGAUUCGGAGGACGAGGAUGACAUACGACGCGCUGCGCGUGAUGAUGUCAGUGGAGGAUGAGAGGAAGGUGGUGGAUUCUGGGAGGAAGAGGAGUGAUUUGAAGGCUUCUAAACUGAUGAGGAGGAGUGGUUUGUGUCUGAAUCGUGAUAAGAGGAUUGUGGGUGCAAUACCUGGUAUUUGCAUUGGUGAUGUGUUCCUUUAUAGGAUGGAAUUGUAUGUGGUUGGGUUGCACGGUCAGCCACAAGCUGGGAUUGAUUAUCUUCCCUCUCGCAUGAGUUCAAAUGGUGAACCAAUUGCUACAAGUGUUAUAGUCUCUGGUGGGUACGAGGAUGAUUUGGAUAAAGAUGAUGUUAUCAUCUAUUCGGGUCAUGGAGGCCAAGAUAAGCAUUCAAAGCAGGUUUUUGAUCAGAAGUUGGAAGGAGGGAACCUUGCAAUGGAGAGAAGCAUGCGCUAUGGGAUUGAAGUGAGGGUCAUUCGAGGGGUUCGGUUUGAGGGAACAACCUCAACUUCAGGUAAGGUGUAUGUAUAUGAUGGCUUAUAUAGAAUCCUUGAAUGCUGGUUUGAUGUUGGUAAGUCUGGGUUUGGUGUAUAUAAGUAUAAGCUAGUGAGGAUUGAUGGACAGGCUAAGAUGGGUAGUACAGUUAUGACAGACGCUGAUAGGCUUAGGAAAGAUCCAUUGAGUAUUAAACCCAUGUGUUGUUUUUCUCUUGAUCUUUCGAGCGGGAUGGAGAAGUUUCCCGUUCGUGUUUUUAAUGAUAUAGACCGAGCUCAUGACCCUCUUCGUUAUGAGUAUCUUACUAAGACCAAUUUUCCGCAGUUUGUGUUUCAUCAAACUGGGAGAUCUGCGGGUUGUGAGUGUGUAGAUGGUUGUGUUGAUGGAUGCUUUUGUGCUUUGAAGAAUGGAGGCGAGUUUCCUUAUACUCAAAGUGGGGUUCUCGUGAGAGGGAAGCCUGUAAUUUUUGAAUGUGGCCCUUUUUGCCAAUGUCCUCCUCAUUGUCGGAAUCGUGUCACACAAAAGGGGCUGAAAAAUAGGUUGGAAGUGUUUAGAUCUAGGGAAACUGGAUGGGGAGUUAGGUCCUUGGACCUUAUUCAAGCGGGUGCUUUUAUCUGUGAGUUCACAGGGGUUGUUCUGACCAGGGAGCAAGCACAAGUUUUGUCAAUGAAUGGUGAUUCGUUGGUAUAUCCAAAUCGGUUUUCUAAUAGGUGGGAAGAAUGGGGGAAUUUAUCUCUGAUAGAUCCCAAUUAUGUUCGUCCAUCAUAUCCAUCAAUUCCUCCUUUAGAUUUCGCUAUGGAUGUGUCCGGAAUGAGGAAUGUUGCUUGCUAUAUGAGUCAUAGUUCAAGUCCGAAUGUGUUGGUUCAGUUUGUUCUGUAUGAUCACAAUAAUUUGAUGUUCCCUCGCCUUAUGCUAUUUGCAAUGGAGAACAUCCCUCCAAUGAGAGAGCUCAGCCUUGAUUAUGGGGUAGCUGAUGAGUGGACAGGCAAGCUCUCUAUAUGUAACUGAAGGAUUUUGAAAGGUUUGGUACACUUUAUGAGAUGCUGAAGCUGAGUUUUGGGCAUUGUUCACUGAGGAUAGCGUGACUUCCAGAAGGUUUCAACCUAACCAAUUUACGGGGAACAGUGUAAUUGCAUAUAUUGAUAUAAUGUCUCUAUUAUAUUGUACUGAUUUUAUCUACUUCUAGGUAGUUAAUACAUGGCGC